CGCCCUCACGCUCACACUCACGCUCGUUCCCGGGUUCUCGGGCGGGGAGGGCUCGGAGGCAGUUGCGCCUGCGCAGCCCAGCCUGGUCCCCGCCCCCAGGCGCGCCGGGCUCUAGCGGCACCGCCGCCAUGUGUUCGUUAGCGUUGGGCGCAGAUGGCGGCCGGGGCGCUGUGGAGGAGGACGACCUGCCAGGACUGUCAGACAGCGGUGACGAGGCCUCCUGGGAGGAUGCGGAAGAUGCCGAUCUCCCCAACGACAAGCAGCAGACCCCCUGCCUGUUCUGUGACAGGUUAUUUACAUCUGCUGAAGAAACAUUUUCACACUGUAAGUCUGAGCAUCAAUUUAAUAUUGAUAACAUGGUUCAUAAACAUGGACUUGAAUUUUAUGGAUACAUUAAACUAAUAAAUUUUAUUAGACUUAAGAAUCCUCCAGUUGAAUAUAUGAAUUCCAUAUACAACCCAGUGCCUUGGGAGAAAGAAGAGUAUUUAAAGCCGGUAUUAGAAGAUGACCUUUUACUUCAAUUUGAUGUAGAAGAUCUUUAUGAACCCGUGUCAGUUCCAUUCUCAUACCCCAGUGGACUCCGUGAAAAUACAUCAGUUGUUGAAAAAUUGAAACACAUGGAAGCCAGGGCACUGUCUGCUGAAGCUGCGUUAGCUGGAGCGCGUGAGGAUCUGCAAAGAAUGAAACAGUUUGCUCAGGAUUUUGUGAUGAACGCAGAUGUCAGAACCUGCUCGUCAUCUACAACUGCCAUUGCAGACCUCCAGGAGGAUGAGGAUGGCGUUUAUUUCAGCUCAUACGGGCAUUAUGGGAUACAUGAAGAAAUGCUAAAGGACAAAGUACGAACAGAAAGUUACCGAGAUUUUAUAUACCAAAAUCCACAUAUCUUCAAAGAUAAGGUAGUUUUGGAUGUUGGUUGUGGAACUGGAAUUCUCUCUAUGUUUGCUGCUAAAGCUGGGGCAAAGAAGGUUCUUGGAGUUGAUCAGUCUGAAAUACUUUACCAGGCAAUGCAUAUCAUAAGACUAAAUAAACUUGAAGAUACUAUUAUGCUAAUUAAAGGAAAAAUCGAAGAAGUUCGUCUUCCUGUAGAAAAAGUGGACGUUAUUAUAUCCGAGUGGAUGGGCUAUUUUCUUCUUUUUGAGUCCAUGUUAGAUUCUGUCCUUUAUGCAAAGAACAAAUACUUGUCAAAAGGAGGAUCGGUCUACCCUGAUAUUUGCACUAUCAGCCUUGUGGCAGUAAGUGAUAUGAAUAAAUAUGCUGAUAGAAUUACUUUUUGGGAUGAUGUCUAUGGCUUCAACAUGUCCUGCAUGAAGAAAGCAGUUAUUCCAGAAGCUGUGGUGGAAGUUUUAGAUCCAAAGACUCUUAUUUCAGACCCCUGUAGUAUUAAGCAUAUAGAUUGCCAUACAACAUGUGUCUCAGAUUUGGAGUUUUCUUCAGAUUUCACCCUAAAAAUCACAAAGACAUCGUUGUGCACGGCACUUGCUGGCUACUUCGAUAUAUAUUUUGAGAAGAAUUGCCACAAUAAGGUCGUAUUCUCUACGGGCCCCCAGAGUACCAAAACACACUGGAAACAAACAGUAUUCCUAUUGGAAAAGCCAUUUUCAGUUAAAGCAGGUGAAGCCUUGAAAGGAAAGAUCACAGUGCACAAGAAUAAGAAAGAUCCACGGUCUCUCAUUGUGACCCUCACAUUGGAUAAUUCAACUCAAACUUAUGGUCUCCAGUGAAAAGGCCACAAAAGCACUACUUUGCAGUUUUUGUUGUAGGGGAGGGGUGGGGAGGGAGGGGAGGGAGGGUUUUAUGUGAGCGCAUGGAUGAUGGGUCCUUUCCUGAGCCUCCUCAGUAGGAGAGAAGAAGCAUGGCAGGAAUCUGAGGAUGCAGCUAAGGAGGGCACUGCCUGAUCCUGGUGAUCCACCGCCAUAAUCACAUUCUUGGAAGUCUGGUCAGUGAGAUUUAACCAAAUGUAACCCCUACAUUGAGUUUGCCUGUAUUGAAAGUCAUUUAAAUUGGCCUAAAUUUGGAACAGAGAUAGUCUUUUGUUGUUUUAAAUAAGUUUCUUACUAUAAAUUUUAAAUACUGGUAAUUGAUUAGUUAUUUGGAUGCUGUUUUAUUAAACUAGUAACUGUGUACAAGGUAUUACAUAUUUUAUUGCAGAUUUGCUUUCUGAGGAGUAGUUUUAAUUGUAUUUGCUAGAAUAUCAGGCUAUAAUACAUUAAAAGAGCAAGCAUAAGGGACUAAAAUAUGGAAACGAGACCACACAAAUUGUAUUUGAAGACAGCUUAGUUGAUUGCCACAUAAUUCUGUUCUCAUUUUUUAGCUUCUUCUCUCUUUGCAAAUAUUCUUGAGUCAUAUAGUUUUCUAGUAUUGCCCAGGAAAUCUAGUUUCAAUGCAUUUACCCUAGGUUUCAUAAAAGUUUUUAAAGAUUGGGAUAAAUAUGUACUUAUUUACUAAUAGUUUUUUCAAACUAGAUUUAUGUGCAAAGUUAAACAUGUAACUGUUAAUAUACUUAUAUCACUAUACAAUUGUGUCAUUUACAAUUAUUGACUCAGUUUGAAGCGCAGAACAGAAAACAUUCAAUUAAAUGUAUACAACAACCAUUAGCAUUAUAAAGUGACAUUUCAAUAUAUUAAAGCCUUUUAUAAAAUCAGAAGCAUUUAAAACAAGUCUUAACAAAGGAAUCAUUUUUAAGAUAACGGAAAUUUUAAGGAGAAGUGGGUCACAUGCUUCUUUUCAGUUCACCAGCUGGUUCUUUUUCAAAACAAGACACACACAAGGCAGCAUAGUUAAGUGUUGAGAAGCAUGAGCUCUGGAGCCAGUUCAGGCCUUGGCUGCAGCUCUUACUUCCUGUGUAAUCUUAGGUUCCUUAACCUCUCUCCCCCUCCAUGAAUGUUGCCAAUUCAUAAACUGAUACAUUUCAACUGUUGAUACUUAGAUCAGUGCCUGGCACAUAGAAAACAGUCAGUACAUGCUAGGUGAUAUUAAUUAUCAUCAUCAUACAGACAGGGACCCCUUCCAAAGAAUAUAUGACAUCGACAUUAGAUCAGUUUGUGAAUUGUCAGCCUCAUCAAAUACUACACUAGUAUGUGUGUGGGAAGAUUACAACAGAAAUUAAUAUUUAAUAUAGGAAAAACUGUAUCAAAAAGAAAUUGUCUUUUGGUCUUUAUUAGAAAAUUGGACUCAUAGCAAUGGGAAGAAUAACCCCUUCAAAUUAUGAUAUUUCAGAUCUUAGUCUAAGUCUUCCUUCAUAAGCAUGAUUUCUCUUGUCACUGGGCCAAACUAGUUAGCUUGUUUUCACCAUGAUUUGAAUUCAGACCAUUGCUGGAAAUGUGUAGUGCUGAUAAUACAGCACAAAGUACUUUAAGUUUUUGUCUGGAAUGGCUUCACGCACAAACUUGAGCAGGGUGGGACGAUAAAGCAAAAAUAAGCCCGUAAGAUUUACCAUUAAAUUUUUAAAGUAACCAAAAUUUACUUUUUUCUUUUUUAUAAGUGCAUAACAGAUACUUUCUACUAUUUAAAAGAGUACUUCUCAAAAAUGAUUUCUUAUUAAAACUCUUGUUUGAUUUUUAGAGGAUUUUCACCCAGUGGCUCUACUGAUUUUCUUCUAUUGGUUAUAAGUAGUCCAACCACAGUUAGUGGAUCUCUGUUCUUUUCAGUUAGCCUUUCCAGGCUGGAACAUUCUAAUUUGUGUAACUAAACAUCUUAUGAGAUGUGAGAGUCCAAAUAUUAACUCUUUGAUUAGAAUUUCAGCCAUUAAACUGUUGUGGAAAGUAAGUACUUUAUAGCCCUUACAGUGAUAAAUGCAAUUUUCUUUCAUGCUGUGGCAGAUGGGCAUUUAUGGUUAGCAGUUUGCUCUGUCCCAAGGAUCUUAUUCCCAUUAAGAAAAUACAUUUUUCUCCUAUUUUCCUUUGUGAAAACUAACAUAAUUUUGUAAUGUGUGGGGUUCGCACGAUUAGUCAUCUCUGAAAGAGCAUUUUGAAAGGAAUGUUCCAAGAAAACAUCUGAGAAUGUACAGUGGUUGCACAGUGAAGGUGGUUAAUACGUAGCCUCAACUGCUAGGAACACACUUUAGAAUGAAUCAGAGAGCUGUCAGAUAACUUUGAAAUAAUUUCUGUUUGGGGAGGAGGGUAAGGCUCCACAGAAUUAUUUGCUUUCUUAUCACUUAGUCUAGAUUAACAGUCUGGUUCACCUGUGUCUCGCAGCAUUCUACCUGUCACUUCUUUUCUUUUUUUUUUUUAAAGAUUUGUUUAUUAUUUAUUUAUUUUACUUAUUUUUUGGCUGCAUCGGGUCUUAGUUGUGGCACGCGGGAUCUUAGUUGAGGCGUGCCGGAUCCUUCGUUGCGGCACGUGGGCUCUUGGUUGCAGUGUGCGGGCUUCUCUGUAGUUGUGACAAGCGGGUUUUCUCUUCUCUAGUUGUGGCACACAGGCUCCAGGGUGUGUGAGCUCUGUAGUUGUGGUGCGCGGGGUCCAGAGUGCAUGGGCUCUGUAGUUGGCAGCACACAGGCUGUCUAGUUGAGGCGCGCAAGCUCGGUAGUUGUGGCGUGCGGGCUUAGUUGCCCUGCGGCAUGUGGGAUCUUAGUUCUCUGACCAGGGAUGGAACCCACCUCCCCUGCAUUGUAAGGCUGAUUCUUUACCACUGGACCACCAAGGAAGUCCCUACCUCUAUCACUCCUUAAAAAGGAAUAUUUAGAAUGUAUUGUGUGACAUUGCUGAUUUGAGAUCAGUCUAGACUAAUCUCACCAAUCAGGCUAUCAAGUGGAGGAAGCAGGGUAACAGUACAGCUAAGAUCAUUCAACAGGAAAAAUUAAAACAGGAUGAGACGCCACUUGGCUUCCACUGGCCAUUUGGUAAGCUUCUAGGCCAUAACAUACGCAAAACGUCCAGGUGUUCAGAUUUUCCUGUGUAGUGGAAUAUCUCAAAAAUAUAUAUCAAGUAUGCAGUACUGUCAUAGAGUUUCAAUCCAUUAUGAAAGGCAGGGUAAGUAAUAUAGCUGAAGUCAAGCAUUGUCUACCUCAGGGUCGGUAAACUACAGCUUCGGUCUCAAUAUUAAGUAUCAUUCUCACUACCUAUCUUUUAUGCUCACUCUCUUUAGUAUAGUAUCCUAAUUCCAGUAAUCCUGCAACUGCACCAAGACCAAAAUCCACUGAUACAGAUCACAUUUUCACUGUCCCUCACCUCUUCAUGUGUACAUUUCCCACUUUGCCCACCUUAAAAUCCAUAAUCCAUCAUUAUAAGCACUGUUCUGCAUGUCUCCCCUGUGUCAUCAGGUUUUCCCUUUACUGCUCUGUGAUCAACAUACAAAUAGGCUAUUAUUUAUCCUACGUUAAAAACAAUUUCAACUCCACUUCUCCCUCCUGCUGUUGUGUCACUAUUCUAGCUUCCCCUUUACAUUGAGACCACUCAGAAAGACUUGUUGAUGUUCACUGUUUUGUCUCUUCCCAUUAUUUUUAAGUAUACAGUAUAAUGAGUUUUGACAAAUGUAUGCAUAUAAUCAGCAUUCUAUUAAUACUUAGAACAUUUCCUUCACAGCAGAAAGUUUUCGUGUGCCACUUUGCAGUCAAUACUUAGCCCUACUCUCCUCCCUGGGCAAACACUAAUCAGACUUCUAUCAAUAUAAAUUUGUUUUGCCUGGUUUAGAACUUCAUAUAAAUGGAAUCAUGUAGUACGUACUCUUUCAUUUCCAGCUUCUUUCAGUACAGUGUUUUUUGAGAUUCAUCCAUGUUGAUAUGUGUCAGUAGUCUAUUUUUUUAUUACUGGAUACUAUUCCACUGUAUAAAUGGGAUUCUGCUCAUUUGUUUAUCCAUUCACCUGUUGUCGAACACUUAGACUGUUUCCAGGUUGAAGCUGUUACGAAUAAAGCUGCUGUGAACAUUUUUAUAAAAAUCUUUCUUGAGCCCACUCUCACCAGAACUUCUGCCUCCACAACUCCAUUGCGACUACUCCAAGGUCACCAGUGAACUACAUGUUGCUGAUUCCAGUGACCAGUUCUCAGCCCUCGUUUUACUUGCCUUACUAGCAGUACUCAAUGCCGAUGAUCCCUCUCCUGGAAACGCUGGGCUUGGCUUUCCCUCCUUCCUCCUUGGCCACUCUUCAGUUUCUUUUGUUGGCUUUCUCUUCACCUUCGACAUGUUGGCACCUUGGUCCUGGGAUCUCUUUUCUGUCCAUCUUCCCUCCCUUGGUGAUUUCAUCAAGUCUUGUUUUUUUGUUUUUGUUUUUGUUUUUGUUUGCGGUAUGCGGGCCUCUCACUGUUGUGGCCUCUCCCGUUGCGGAGCACAGGCUCUGGACGCGCAGGCUCAGCGGCCAUGGCUCACAGGCCCAGCUUCUCUGCGGCAUGUGGGAUCUGCCUGGACUGGGGCACGAACCCGUGUCCCCUGCAUCGGCAGGCGGACUCUCAACCACUGCGCCACCAGGGGAGCCCCUCAUCAAGUCUUACGGUUUUAAAUACCAAUAUCUAAAUGUGUAUCUCCAGCCAUCUUUCUUCCACUGCCGUCUGUAUCCAGCUGCUCAGAUGAUGUCUCUAGGUGUCUCAUGGGCAUCUCAAAAUUAACAUUCAAAACUGAAUUUCUGAUCUUCCCCAAACCCUGCUGUCUUCCUCCAUCUCAGUAAUGGAACUUCAUCUUUCAGCAGUAGCUCAGGCCAGAAAACUUGACCCCUUUCUUUCACUCCACAUCCAAGCGGGGCAGCAAAUCUUAUAGAAUCUUCCUUCAAAAUACAGCCAGAACCAAAAUAGAUCUCACUACUUCCACUCCUGCCACGCUGGUCCAAACUGCUAUCAUCUUUCAUCUCGAUCACUGGUUCUCAAAAUGUGGUCAACACACCCCUAGUGACUCCAAAAAAACCUCUUACAGGAAGUCCAGGAGAUCAAAACCGUUUUUGCAAUAGUACUAAGACAGUGUUUGCCUUUUUCACUGUAUUAAUAUUUACACUAAUGGUGCGAAAGCAAUUGUGGGUAAAAUUGCUGGGCCCCUAGCACAAAUCAAAGUACCAAACUAUACUAGUAGUCACUGUAUUCUUCACUACCACAUGCUCUCAUUAAAAUGUCCUCAUGAAGCUGUAAAAAAUAUUAAUUUCAUUAAAUCUUGACCCUUGAGUACAUGUCUUUUUAAAUUCUAUAUGAUACUAAUAAAGCACUUUUAUUGCAUACUACAGUAACAAUAUUUGUCUGCAGGAAAAGCAGUUGUGUGAUUGAGUUGUGGCUGAACCAGUCACCUUUUUCAUAGAACAUCAUUUUUACUUGAAAGAAUGACUAACAAACUAUGACAGACAUUGUCCUGCAAAAGAAAAAAGUGAACUUACCACUUCAAAUAAGACAACUGAUAGAAUUUGUUGCUAGUUUCAAGUUUUUAAGCUAAAAUUAGAAUUUUGGAAAACAUUUAUCUACCACCGUGAGCUUGAAGGCUUCCCAGUUCUUCCAGACUGAGAUAAAUGGUAUAGGGAGGAAAACCUCUUUUUUCCUCUACCAUUUUAAGUUCUCAACUGAGACUUCUGUAACAAAAGACAGAUUAACAAGAGGAAAGCAUAUGAAUGUAUUUAAUACAAGUUUUUAUGAGACACACAAGCCUUCAUAAGGAAGUAAAUGAAGACCUUAAGAAACAAUUAAACCUGAGUGUUUUUAUGUUAGGUUUGAUGAAGAGUGGGAAGCCUUGGGAAGAUGUAGUAGGACAAAGGUGAGCUGAAUUUAGUAAACAGGGAAACAGCAAGGCCCGAUUGUUGGAUUCUUCCGGGCAGCCCUGUGCCUUCGGAGAUAAGGAUGUGCCUUUCUUCUGGGUACAGGGAGGGCACCUAUCACAUGAUGGUUUUAUGACCUGCUUCAGGGGAAGGUCAGGAGGUCCUUCCUGAAGGUGGAAGAAAUAAGAACAAAUCAAUGUUUAUUCUCAUAGCCUCUGUUGAGCACUGUGGGUUCACCUGUUUGCUGAGAAGCAACAGGUCAUAAGCAGACUAACAAAAUAGAAAAGAAAAGAAAGAAAGAAUCUUCCUUCACCUGCCAUUUCUCAGAUUUUUUCAGCUUGAAAUAUUCACUAUGCCAAGGUGCCAUAUCUGGAGGCAGCGUGUUCUGAACCUGGACAGUGGUAUAAUGACUGAUUUUUGACACUGUGUAAUGAAAUGUGUCAACAUUUGGAAGAUCUGCAUAAUUCAGUGAACUAAUAUUCCCCACUCACCAAAUUGCAUCAUGCUAAUAAUAUCCAUUCAAGGGGCAAGAUAAACUACUUGUCAUGUUUGGGUUUAGUAUUGAAGAUUAUCUAUGUGAGGCCAUAUUUUCUUCAUAUACCUCAACCAAAACAACAUUUCAUAGCAGGCUGAAUGCAGAAGCCACUAUGAUAAUCCAGCUAUGUUAUUCUAAACCAGAUAAUAGAGAUUUGUAAACAUGCUAAACAACACCACUCUUGUCACUAAAUAUUGUUUUGAAAAAUAUAGUUAUUUUCAUUAAAAAGUGUUA